AUGUCCUUGGUUGAAAGCAUAUCACAUAUAACCUUAACGGCCUCAUGUAUCAAAGAUUUUGACCAAUGUAUUCGGUUUUAUAAUUUUCUCGGCUUUCAAACGAUUUCACAGGAAGACAUUCCCAAGCCGGCGUCUGCCGAAAGGCCUGAGGCUAGUUGGGAAAAAGAAAGCUAUCUUCAUUUGUUCGGAGAUAAAGUUAAAAACGGUAUCACCCUAAGAAUUGUCUUGCCGAAUGAGACGGCAAAGAAAUCAAUUCCUCAUGGGGAAAGUUCUUUGGAGCCAGAAGACGCGUCCAUAACUAUAGUUUCAAAGAAUCUUGCGGGAGUGGAGUCUGCCUUAAAGUCCAAUAACAUUCAUUUUCAAAAGUACACAUAUACUGAAGCUGGCCUAUUAACAACCAAUCCAUCGUAUGAAUUAUCUCGCACAGAAAUUUGCGCGCGCGAUCCAUUAAAUAACCCUAUUACGUUUACCAACAAGCCAAUUCCAUUUGGUAAAACCAUUUAUCCCGUUUCCCCGAUGCUCUCGUCGAAGCCAGCUGAUCCGAUAGACGAAAACAUUACCCCAUUGAAGUCUAAAGGAAAAAGGAUAGGCGUUUUGACAAGUGGUGGCGAUGCACCUGGAAUGAAUGCAGCAGUGAGAGCUAUAGUGAGGGUGGCGAUCUCAAGAGGGUGCGAAGCAUAUGCCAUUUUUGAAGGAUACGAGGGACUGGUGCAAGGUGGAAAAAUGAUCAGAAAAUUUGGGUGGGCCGACGUUAGGGGAUAUCUUGCUAUUGGUGGUACGCUUAUUGGGACAGCACGUUGUAAAUCUUUUCGAGAGCGUAGUGGAAGAUUAGAUGCAGCAUGUAACUUGGUAAAGAAUGGAAUUGAUGCCUUGAUAGUUUGCGGUGGUGACGGUUCGUUAACUGGUGCUGAUAUCUUGCGGAAAGAAUGGCCCGGUUUGAUCGAGGAGUUGAUUCAGAACGGAAAGUUAACAGUCGAGGAGGCUGAUCCAUACAAGCAUUUAACUAUUGUUGGUCUUGUGGGGUCAAUUGAUAACGACAUGCCUUCAACAGAUGUAACCAUAGGUGCUGUAACGUCGUUGCAUAGAAUUUGUGAGGCAGUUGAUAGUAUUUCCUCUACUGCUUCGAGUCAUUCUCGGGCAUUUGUAAUUGAGGUAAUGGGUCGACGUUGUGGUUGGUUAGCGUUAAUGGCCGCCAUCAGUACUGGAGCUGAUUUUGUAUUUAUACCUGAGCGUCCUCCUUCCGAAAAUUGGGAGGCUGAGAUGUGUGAUGUAAUUAAGAGACACCGUCAGCUCGGGAAGCGUAGAACCAUUGUCAUCGUAGCCGAAGGUGCUAUUGAUCGAAAUCUUAAUCCUAUAAAACCUGAUUACAUCAAGGAACUUUUGAUUAAGAAACCAUUGGAACUCGACACUAGAGUUACAACGUUAGGGCAUACUCAACGGGGGGGUAGACCUUGUGCGUAUGAUCGAAAUCUUGCGACUAUCCAAGGCGUUGAGGCCGUAAAUGCUGUGCUUGAAUCCACGCCAGACACGCCGUCCCCUAUGAUUGGCGUGAAUGAAAAUAAAAUAACAUCAGAACCGUUAUUAAGGGCUGUUGAAUUGACUCAUCAAGUGGCAGAAGCAAUCUCAAAACAGGACUUUAGGCGUGCAAUGGAAUUACGCGACCCUGAAUUUGCCGAUAAUUACGAAGCUUAUAGGGCCACGACUCUUGUAGACAGCGAAGAAAUGUUGGUUCCAGAAUAUCAGCGUCUUCGUAUAGGAAUAAUGCAUAUCGGGGCACCAGCUGGUGGAAUGAAUCAAGCAACACGUGCUGCAGUUCGUUUUGCACUUAACCGUGGUCAUGUACCCAUCGCCAUUUAUAAUGGAUUCAGAGGAAUCUUACAAGAAAACAUUCGUGAACUUUCAUGGCUUGACGUCGACGAUUGGACAUCUAAAGGUGGUUCAGAACUCGGCACAAAUAGAACUGAGCCGGAUAUCGAUUUAGGCAUGGUUGCAUAUCAAAUUCAGAAGCAAAGAUUCGAUGCCUUACUCAUUAUUGGUGGAUUUGAGGCAUAUGAUUCAGUGAGAGAAUUACGUGAUGCCAGAGAUAAAUAUCCCGCUUUCUGUAUACCUAUAGUAUGUAUUCCUGCUACCAUCUCAAAUAAUGUCCCCGGUACAGACUUUUCAUUGGGGAGCGAUACAAGUUUAAACGCAAUUGUUGAUAGCUGUGAUGCUAUCAAACAAUCUGCAUCCGCAUCAAGAAGGAGAGUGUUUGUUGUCGAAGUUCAUGGUGGUCAGUGUGGCUACCUUGCUGUUCUGUCCGGACUUGCGGUUGGCGCAACGAGUACUUACAUUCCUGAGGAAGGAGUAUCUCUUAAAACGCUCCUGGCCGAUGUGAACCAUUUAAGACGCAGAUAUGGUGAUGAUAAAAAAGGCACUAGUUCUGGUCGUUUAAUUUUAAGGAAUGAGUGUGUUUCAAAAACUUAUACGACAGAUGUUAUUGCAAAAAUCAUAGAGACUGAGGGUAGUGGACUUUUUGAUUCGAGAACUUGUGUAUUAGGUCACAUUCAACAAGGAGGUGCCUCCUCUCCACUAGACCGUAUACGAGCUAUUCGGUUAGCUGUCAGAUGCAUAGAUUUUAUAGAGCGCCAAGCGUUUCCAUCCAUGUCUCCCCAUGAAAAAGCGGGACCCAAAGUAUACACAAAUUCUGAGGAGUCUGCUUCCGUUAUUGGGAUUAUAGGGGCGCAAGUCGUUUUUAGUUCUGUUGUGGAUCUGCUAAAAGAGACUGAUAAGAAGAAUCGUAAAAGCAAAAGAGCUUGGUGGAUUCAUUUCAAAGAGCUUGUGGAUUUAUUAUCAAAAUGGGGAUAUUCGGAAAAAGAAGCCCAAACGGAGGAUUUAUAUGAAGCGAUAGAUAAAGAUGUGCACAUUUGA